AUGGGAAAGAAACAAGUGUGCCCGCCUCGUGCCCUCCCUCCAGUGCCUUCUGCAGAUGAAAUUCCACUCAGUCGUCCCAAAAAAAGGAAACCCAAAGGAAAGACUCCAUUAGAUGGCAUUGUCCCAGCAGCGGUUCGUCGGCAGUCUGAAAGCAGUGAGCCCCUAACUCCUGAACCUCAUGAUGUCCCUCCUCAGAGGAAGCGCAAGAAGAAGAAAGUACCUACCGAUUCUGAGACGUCUUUUACCCAGCAAAAUGUUGCAUCCCUAUUUCAGAAUGGAAAUGGCAUCGAUGUCCCUGAAGCUGAAGAAACAGUUAUCCGCAAACAGAGAAAAAGAACAAAGAAACCUCGGCCAACCGAAAUGCACUGUUCCAACGAGCUGGAAGUGGAGGAGGAAGACAUCAUUGAAGAUGAGCACAGAAAGAGCCCAGAUCAGCAGCCUGUGUUUGCUGCUCCCACUGGAAUUAGCCAGCCUGUUAGCAAAGUGUUUGUUGAAAAAAAUCGGCGUUUUCAGGCAGCUGACCGUGCAGAAUUGAUUAAAACCACUGAAAAUAUCAAUGUACUUAUGGAUGUGAAAGCUUCAUGGACUACCAGAGAUGUUGCCCUCUCAGUGCACCGAAGUUUCAGGGUGAUCGGACUCUUUACCCAUGGCUUCCUUGCAGGGUAUGCUAUAUGGAACAUCAUUGUUAUCUACAUUUUGGCAGGAAAUCAGCUUUCCACAGUUUCUAACCUGCUUGAGCAGUAUAAGACACUAGCAUAUCCAGCGCAAAGUCUGUUCUAUUUGUUGCUGUCUAUCAGUACAGUCUCAGCCUUUGACAGGAUUGAUUUGGCAAAAGCAUCAGUUGCACUGAGGGGCUUUCUUACCCUAGACCCAGCAGCAGUAGCCUCUUUCUUGUACUUUGUUGCUCUUAUCUUAUCCUUAAGCCAGCAGAUGACAUGUGACAGAAUUAACCUCUACACACCACCUUCAGAAAAUGGCAGCAUCUGGACGGCAGGUACAGAGGAAGAAAUUGUUCAGCCAUGGGUUGUGGUGAAUCUGGUAGUGUCUAUUCUAGUUGGGACCAGUUGGAUCUUCUUGUCUUACCGACCAGAGCUGGACCACAGUGAAGAACUGAUGUUUCAUGCUGAAAUUGAGGAAUUUCCCCAGGGAGAUAUUAUGCCGAGAGUCCAGCCAUAAUGUGGAACAAGGAUGUGCAAAUAUGGUAGCUGUGACUGAUGGCUCAAGACGUUAUGUAUUAUAGCCAUGUAUUAUAACUUUCA